AUGACGGCGGCGCAGUAUCGCCAGCCCAAUGUCAGCGAAGAAGAGUUCUAUCAUUGGGCGACUGAACAGCACGCCGCCCGAGCAGCCAAGCUACAUGCUAAGGACGGGAUGGAGGGAUUUUCCAUUUUCUUCCACCCCAGACCGUUCCGUGACUUCACACCGAAACUGGACAAUGCGCGCGGAAACCCAUGGCGGGUUCGAGACUUUGACGCUCCAGUCGAGUUCCUUUUUCGGGACAUGGAGGCGCUCUACAAGGAGACCGUCCAGGCGGAUCUCCAGGCACUACAGGCGGAGGGACGCCUUUUGUUAGCAGCGAGGGGGCAGAAAUCAGCCUCGGUUGGGUUGAGACGUCAGUCAGAAACGGUCAAAGUCGACAGCCUCGAUGAGGCUGGGAAGCCUACUUUCCUGCCGUUUAAGGAAUGA